ACCGCCUUCGCUCCCCUGGCCAGUGCCGAAGAUCCUGGGGUCCCUGUCUCGUCGUCCUCGCUCCGAGCCGUGCACUAGAACCCAUCGUAUUGGACCAUGAGAGACACCCCAACCUCUCCCCCGGAAUGAGAUAGUUGUCAUCGUCAUCGAACCUAUUUUUUCAUCGAAACCCAUCGACUCUUCGGGGAUGGAGCUAAUCAUACACGAGCAGUACCUUCUCGGCUGCGGGCUCUACGGUAACGUUUAUUUCGGCACGCUCGAUGGGGAGGAAGUAGCUGUGAAGGAAGCCCACGAAUGGUCUCCGUCUCUCCUGGCUGAAGAGUCACGCCUCCUAGAACUUUGUGAUCAUCCGAACGUUGUGAAGUGGAUAGGAGAUCGUCAGAACGGACGUUAUCUCAUUAUGGAGUACGCUAGGGGAGGGGAUUUGGGUCGACAUCUCGGAUUUGGGAAGUUCUCUAUCGGUCGGAAGCAAUCGCUUGUUCUACAAAUCUGCUCAGGCCUCGAAUAUCUCCAUUCCAAGAACAUAAUGCACCGAGACAUCAAGGCCCAAAAUCUACUUUUUAGAGACACUCAGUUGGAACACAUACUGAUCGCCGACUUCGGCUUAGCUCAUUUUUAUACGGAGCGUUCCACUUUUAAAAACUACCACGAUAUCGUCCCGGAUCUUGUUUACACGUAUAAGAGCGAUAUUUACCUUUUGGGAAUGCUUGUUUUCCAAAUUUUUCAAGACUGGCCUGGAGUUGAUAGAUUACGUCUCGCUUCAAGAAUAAGGAGAGCACCGUGUUUUUACCCUCUCGAGAUCUACGGAUCCGAAGAAAUAUUCGGCGUCAUUGUCCGGUCAGUCGACGAGGACCCCAAGAAGAGACCUACAUUACAGGUGUUCAAGGCAGCUUUCGAGUCGACAGCUGGAAGCUUCAUCGAUUCGCUCGCCUUCUACGAGUUUUGAGAAGCUUCGCGUCGACAUGAAAAUGAACGCCAGAAGCGAGCUGUCGCUCCGCGGCGAGAAGAUUUACCUACAUUUUUAUUCUGAAGGGCUCGCUCGCGAAUGCUUCGAUGCACGGACGAGCUUACAAUUAGUGAGAUAUUUUGCGCAUGUCGUGGUCGACCUGCUUUCCCGCUGGGGCGCUUCUGCCGCGAGGCCGUCCGAAGAACUCACUGAAAGGGUUCGACGAGUUUUUAUUCCCCUUGCGGAUUCUCAUGUGUUUUACAUUACAUUCAAGGACUCGCUUUUCAUGAAGGGUUCGGUUUCCCGGAAUCCCAUUUGUAAACGUCACUGGAAGAAACUUCGAUGAAUUUCGAAAUCAUCAUCAU